CUCCUGAUGUCUGGUGAUUCACUUUGGACCAGUUCUGUUUUUCCGAUCAGUAGAAAACCUGCUUCGCCGACUCAGGAGGUUUAAACCCACCCUGAAGUGUGCGCGUGCACACACACACACACACACACGCACACACGUUCAAUGUGAUAAAGAUCAGUUUACCAUCAGUCUUUUUAUGCACCCGGUUUAUUUUUGCCUGGAGCAAUGCCUGUCUGGCGAGUGAACUUAACUUGUGAAUGUAUGUAAAUGUAUUGAUAAUUGACAUGAAAAUACUAUUUAAUGAUACAGAUCAUUCACCAUGGAAGAUGUGAUGAUCGCAACGCUGUCAUAGGUGUCAAACUUGUGUAUUUUGUCAAAUUUGUAUUAGAUAAAAUGAACCAAACAUUGAAUGGUAGAGAAGUUUAAAUACAGGAAUAGUAUGUUAAGUAGAAUAACAUAAAAUAGAAUAUGAAAAGUUGUAAGUUCAUUUUUGACUUAUUAUUACAGGAUUUAGAACUAAUCUCUAUAACAGAAUGGGAUGGAUCAUCAAAAACAAAAGAUUUUACUUUUCGUGUCACUUUCUGCUUCUAAAGAGGGCUCGUUACUUUAAAUUAAGUACAACUAACAAUUACUCGAUUGACAUCAAAUUAAUUAUCACCUAUUCUGUUGGUUUAAAGAUUUUUACAUACUGAUUUUACUUGAGGGGCAUUUUAAAUGGAGGACUUGUACUUGUUAUAUAGUAUUGCUAAAGUGUGGUAUUAGUACUAUUACUUUGGUAAAUAAUCUGAAUGUAAAAUCGGUUCCUAAAUUACGCCGUUCAUAUUUCCACCAAUCAGCGCCCAAAGGACGCGUGACGUCAAUGCGGAAGUACUUCCAUACACCUGCUGGAGAAGAGACGGGCCUACAGAACCAGCAGGGAAGUCCCAGUAGCACCAGUAGAGUCGAGCAGCAGCAGGGUGAAGGUGUUUGUGAGGAUGCUGUAGUGUUUGAGCUGAAGGAUGAAGAUCCUGGUGGCCAAGCUGCUUGGCCUGCUGGGCUUGUUCGGCCUCGUGCUGGCGGGUGUACUGGUGCCGGUGCGCCUCUUGCUGGCCGCCGACCACGACAAAGCACACAGAUACAGGAGAUCUCUGUCUCUGUGUAACUCCUUCGGAGGAGGCGUGUUCCUGGCAACAUGCUUCAACACUUUGCUGCCAGCCAUCAGAGACAAGGUGGCCGACGUGUUCCAGCAGCUGAAGAUCAGCAGCGACUAUCCACUGGCAGAGACGAUGAUGAUGCUUGGCUUCUUCCUCACCGUGUUCGUGGAGCAGACCAUUCUCACUUUCAGGAAGGAGAAGCCGUCUUUCAUCGACCUGGAGACGUUUAACGCCGGCGGCUCUGAGGCUGGAAGUGACUCGGAGUACGACACACCUUUCAUUUCCUCUGCGCGGGACUCACCGAGAGACACCGGCGGUCAACGCGCUCAACGCGCCCACGUACAAAAUCACGGACACUUCAGCCCCGCCGAGCUGGUGGGAGCGGGGCCUCUGCGGCUGGCCAGCCUGGUCCUGGCUCUGUCGGCUCACUCCGUGUUCGAGGGCCUGGCGCUUGGCCUGCAGGAGGACGGAGCCAAGUUGGGCAGCCUCUUUCUGGGAGUGGCCGUGCACGAGACGUUGGCCGGCGUGGCGCUCGGCGUGAGCGUGGCCAAGGCGUCGCUCGGCAUGAAGGACGCCGCCAAGAUGGGCGUCACGGUCAGCCUAAUGAUCCCGGUGGGGAUAGUGGUGGGGAUGGCCAUCGAGUCGACUCGGACGCUGGCGGGCAGCGUGGUGUCAGUGGUGCUGCAGGGACUCGCGGCCGGCACCUUCCUGUUCAUCACCUUCUUUGAGAUUCUGUCCCGAGAGCUGGACGACAAACGGGACCGCCUGUUAAAAGUGCUCUUCCUCAUCCUUGGCUACACGGUGCUCGCCGUUCUCGUCUUCAUCAAGUGGUGACACACGGGAGGUGCUUUAACUCAAUACGGCAAUACCAAAGGAAGACUCAUGACCCCAUAGAGGCAGCUGUGAGAAACAUCGGGAUGAACACAUGUAUUCUCCUCAGCUGUGUCUGUGAUGAAAACAGAUUAAACUGAACGAGUAAUGUAACCCUUCCAGAAAGUUCCUCCAGUGGUUUAACUUGUCACCUUGCAGCAGUGAUGCACAGCUGUACUCCAGGACACCGACGUCACUGUUGUGUGUGGUUGCAGUUCAACUUUACACCAGAGAGGGCAGCAAAACCUCUGGCCACAUCUCACUGUGUGCCCCCCCAAAGAUUAGUAGAAACUUAAUUCAGAAUUCUAAAAUCAUUUUAAGUUCUUAAAAUUCAGGCUAAAUUAAGCUAAAUAUACUGCAAUAUUCAAUUAAGAAUGUGAGAUUUUGCUGAAAGGGGAAUCUGACCAGUGAAGAGAAAACACGUUCCGACUUCAACACUGUAAAGACAAGUGAACCAAUGUCGGUAACAAAUAAACAUAAAAUAAUAUAUUUUACUUACAGAUUUCUUUUGCACUUUUUCAUUUCCUAAAUACUUUUUCCCCUCAUGUCGAUUAACUGUUGUAAACUAAAAGUACUAAUACAUAUAAUAUUACAAGCAAAAUUUAAACCCAUUUAAAAGUUCCAAAGUAUUUGCAUUGGACUUUAAAGUGUAUUUAAUAUAAUACCGGAUUAUAAUUAUCGAUGCCUUGAUAUAUUCAUCACUUUAAUUUUGCGGCUGGUAAAGUUGGACCUAAUUUUAAUAACUCAAUAUACUACUGGGUAGUUUAAUCUAUAAUAAUACAACAUUUAUUAGUUGAUCAUAUGUUGUAUUAAUUUGAAUUUGAAAAGUAACUACAGCUGUUAGUUAAAUGUAGUGGACUAAAAAUUACAAUAUUACCCUCUGAGAUGUAGUGGCAGAAAAUAUAAAUAUCUAAGUAAAGCAUACUGUAUGCAACGUUGGUACAGUACUUGUGUAAAUGUACUUGGUUACGUUUUGUAUUAAACCUCCUCGGUCUCGAUAUGAAGUAAUCACACUGCAGCCUUUCAAAGAUUAUCAACAUCCAUGUUCAUGUAAUCUUUAUACUUUUCAUCGUUGAACGUGUUCUUAUAACCGUUUUGUAUUUAUGAUGAUGGUUUGUGACAAGUUAUCGUUGUCUCGGGUUUCAUGUGUUAGUUGAGAUUAAACACAUUAUGAUCAUA